AUGUCAAGAGUCACGCAAACCAAGCAACAGCAGCAGAGCAACGCCAAGCUCCUUCGUACCCUCGCAAAACAGUCGGGCACCUGCGCAGACUGCAAGAAGAAUGACCCGAGGUGGGCCAGCUGGAACAUCGGCUGCUUCCUAUGCAUUCGAUGCUCAGGCAUCCAUCGUAGCAUGGGCACGCACAUCAGCAAAGUCAAAUCAAUCGACUUGGACAUCUGGACUCCCGAGCAGAUGGAGCAGAUUGAGAAGUGGGGCAACAAGAGGUGUAAUUUGUACUGGGAGGCGCAUUUGAAGGCUGGGCAUGCUCCACCAGAUCACAAGGUCGAGAGCUUCAUCAGAAGCAAGUACGAGACGCGACGAUGGGCAAUGGACGGUCCACCACCCCCUGAUCCAAGUGUCUUGGAGGGCGGA